AUGCGGGACAAAUAUGACAUGGGCCUCGCAGCUGCCUUCCACUCCCCAAACAUGUCCUUUAGCGUGGCCUCGGGCUACACCGAUGGAGGCCUUGGCCUUGGGCACAAGACGCGCCCUGCACAGCCAGACGACUUGUAUGUCUGGGGGUCCACGACAAAGAUGAUCACUGCGCCAGCUGUACUACAGCUGUUCGAGAGAGGCCUGGUGAAGCUGACGGACCCCAUCAGCCUCCACAUUGACCCGAUCCUUCUGCAUCUGAACGGCACACGCUUGGAGAGCCACUUCGGCACUGCGAUCCAUGCUGUGCAAAUCCAGCACCUGCUUCACAUGACCUCCGGCAUCCAAGACUAUGAUGGCGGUGCUUUUUCGGCUGCGCAGUUUGCCAAUCGAUCCAAGGCCUUCGGGCCGGUGGAGAUCGUGACCCGCUUCGUAAGCCCAACUCUGCAAUUUUCUCCAGGAGAGCAUCAGGCCUACUGCAGCACGAACUACAUUCUUUUGGGCCUUGUGCUUGCCACGCAUUAUCAUCGGGCUGGCAGCGACUGGAGCUGGCAGGACUACGAUCAAGCAAGCGUCGUGCCAGCCGCUCUGCAAAAAGCUUUCAAUCAUUCCCUGUUCGUGAUGCAGGGGCCCUGCAGCAAGUAUACGCCCGUACACGGCUUCAUGGGCUUCUACCCCAGUGCCCAGCUCCCGAAGCAGGAUGUGUGGGAUGUCAGCUGCCUGGGAGGCUGGACUGCAGGAAAUUAUGUUGGCUCUGUGGCCGACAUAGCCCGAUUUACCUACGAGCUGUACAACACGAAGGAACCUAAGAUCAUCUCAGCGAAGUCGCAGGCGCACUUGACAAACUUCACAGCCCCAGGCAUGAGCAGUUUCAAGUUUUAUGGUAUGGGAACCUUCAACUUGGACUGGAGCGUCGGCGCGGAUGCCUACGGCCACGUGGGCGACACCUACGGGUACCAGUCGCAGACCACCUACAUUCCUGGCUUCGACUUUGUGAUCUCAGUGGCCACGAAUGUGGAGACCGAGAAGCAGGCCCAGCCUGCUGACUUCACCUGCCACGCCUACCACCAGCUGAAGGCAGUGCUUACUGGAACCCGAGCUCCACAUUGCACCUUCGUGGCGACUCGACCCAUUUUUGUGAAGGUUUUUACUUGCUCACGUUUGGGUCGGGAGCUGUUCAAAUUCUGCCAUGGCUUUUGGGGCUUGGGCGCGGGGAGCCUGACGUUGUAUGAACUGCUGCAGAAUUCUUGA